AUGGCUACUAUCUCAGUUUCAACUCCCUUCAAGUCCCACGCGGGGCUCUUCUCCUCCCGUACCGCUGGCGGUCGCAUGCCCCUUACCCCUUCGCCCCGCACUCGCUCAACCACAGUGCCCGUCAACCUGAAGACUUCACCCUUCACCCCAGAGCGCACAUCGGCACCCAGCGAUGGCCAACGAGCGUCCAACAACAAGUCAGUGUACGGGGGAAACCUCUCGGCACACCUCGCCCGGUCGAGUGCCAAGGUGAAGGCUGCCAAGCACAACUCGCCCAAGUCCAACAUUGCUCGGGUUGCCCCGUCUCCCAAGAAGGCCCUCGAGCUGGGUGUGUCUGAGUUUACAUUGACGGGAACUGGACCCCACAACAAGUCGCCCGUCGCUGUCAAGACUAAGUCAACCUCCUCUUCCAAGCACAAGUCCAAGGCCAUUCCCACCCACGCGGCCGAUCGCUUUAUCCCCAACCGCGGGGCUAGCUCGGCCGUCGCGAGCUCCAGCUCUGGCAAGCUCGAUGCGCCCUCCAAGAAGAAGAAGGUCAAGAUCACUGCUGAGACCUCGUCUGCCCUGUCUGCUGCUGCCGACGACGCCAUUGCAGCCCUCGAGAGCCUGGACAUCAACACUGACGCCGAUACUUCGGUCGAGGAGUUCUCGCGCCCAUCGCCAAACACUGUGGCGUACCAAGACUCUCUCGCCAAUGCCUGUGGUGUCAGCAUGAACACUCGCAUCCUCGAGUUCAAGCCUGCGCCUCCAGAGUCAUCCAAGCCCAUUGACCUGCGCCAGCAGUACAACCGCCCCCUCAAGCCGGCCAAUGCCAGCUCGGCCCAACUCCGUAGGCGCAUUGCUACUGGCCCGGAGCGCGUUCUUGACGCACCGGGUCUGAUUGAUGACUACUAUCUCAACCUGCUGGACUGGAGCUCCGGCAACCAGGUGGCAAUCGGCCUCGAGCGCAACGUGUACGUCUGGUCUGCCGAUGAGGGCAGCGUGAGCUGCCUUCUUGAGACCAGCCCGGACACCUAUGUCAGCAGUGUCAAGUGGUCAGGUGACGGAGCUUACGUUGGUGUUGGCCUCGGAACCGGUGAGGUCCAGAUCUGGGAUGUUGCCGAGGGCGCCAAGGUCCGCAGCAUGUUCGGUCACGACACCCGUGUUGGCGUGAUGGGUUGGAACAAGCAUUUGCUGUCCUCUGGUGCCCGCAGCGGCCUGGUCUUCAACCACGAUGUUCGCAUCGCCGAGCACAAGAUCGCCGAGCUCGUCUCGCACACCUCCGAGGUCUGCGGCCUCGAGUGGCGCUCUGACGGGCAACAGCUGGCCACCGGUGGAAACGACAACCUCGUCUCUAUCUGGGACGCCCGCUCCCUGUCCGUACCCAAGUUCACCAAGACCAACCACAAGGCAGCUGUCAAGGCUCUGUCGUGGUGCCCAUGGAACAUGAACCUGCUCGCCACCGGUGGAGGGUCUUACGACCGCCACAUUCACUUUUGGAACACGACUUCGGGCGCUCGCGUUAACAGCAUUGACACGGGAUCGCAAGUCACGAGCCUGCGAUGGAGCCCUCACCACCGCGAGAUCGUCAGCUCCAGUGGCUUCCCUGACAACUCCCUCACCAUCUGGAGCUACCCAACGCUGGUGCGCAACAUUGACAUUCCUGCCCAUGAGAGCAGAGUGCUGCACAGCUGUCUCAGCCCUGACGGACAGAUGCUCGCAACAGCAGCUGCCGAUGAGAGCCUCAAGUUCUGGAAGCUCUUCGAGAAGAAGGCCGGUGCUACUUCUCCUACAGCCGGCGCCGGCUCCUCCAGCAAGGCGUCCAUGGUCAAGCAAAUGACAAUCCGAUAA